AUGAUCAGAGACCUUGAGGGAAUCGUGUCACACUGGGCCGAGCACUUUAGUGAUUUGUUGAACUGCGUCAACCCGGUGGAUCCGACAUUAUAUUUAUUCCAAAACUCCCGGCUGUUGCUGAGCUUAAUAGCCCUUUUGCACUCGAUGAGGUUAUGUCAGCCGCCAAGAAAAAUGAAAAAUAACAUAACGGCAGGACCAGACGGCAUUUCCCGCAGAUAUACAAAUAUGACAGAAAGCAAAAUAUCACACGAUUGGAUUUUUGAAUUCCAAUACGCUGACGAUGCUGCCAUUCCUGUCAGCACCAUCUCCGCUUUACGAGAUAGUCUUAAUGUCUUGUCGUGUGCCUAUACUCGUGCAGAACUUGUUGUCAACACUGCAAAAACCGUGGUGCUCUCCCUUGUUACCAAUCAAAACAAACCAGCUACACCUUUCGUGGUUUAUGGAGAUGCUCUCAAUGAUUCGCAAGAAUUCAUGUAUCUUGGUACAGUCUGGGAACCAACAACUUCAUUAGAAGGUGCUUUUAUUGCAGCCCUUAGUCCCCAGCAGGCCUUAAGUGGUCAAGGAGUGCCAAGAAUCUCUGAGAAGUAUGCAAUAGCGGAGGGAUGUUGCAGAAGAAUUCAGAACGGCCCCUCUAUGGUACUUAGACUUGGAACGCCCAAUGCUGGAUCACUGACUGGCCGCAGUAUGGAAAUCGCAGAAAUGCUUGAGCGUAAAAGAAUUGACAUCUGCUGCCUUCAGGAGACCCGAUGGAAAUCGAAUGGUGUUUGUCAUGUCAACUCAGACAAAUAA